AACACGCUCAGAUUCACACACCAGAUAAAGUUAAUACUCUGUCCAGGAACUGUCUGCUUCUGCAUCCUGUAACACCAGCUGCUGCCCUCCAGGCAGAAAAGACUAGACACACUAGAUGGAAGGAAUAAACAGAUUGAUAGCUAGGUAGAUUCUCUCCUUCCCUCUCCGUUGUCAGGGUGUGUCAUUUUUUUGGUCCUUUGUUUCCUGCAGGCAGACUUCACAUUUCAGAAAUGUUGAUUUCCUGAACACACCUUGACUCAUGCAGUAAAACUCACACACUUGCGUUUGCAGACGAUGUUGCGCUUUAAGAGACAGGUGACUAGUGGAGAAACGAGUACGAGAGACUGACAGUAGAAGACAAAAGUCUUUACCAGCCACACAUUUUGACUUUUCGCAAAUGUGGAAUGAAUGGGAAGAAGAGGACAAUGAAGAGAUGCCUGCUCGGUGUGAGUGGAAAGGAGAGGACGACACCUCUUAGAUAAUCGAUAAGAUACACGUCAUCGAACAGAUACACGACUCUGCGGAUGCUUUUGAAAGGCAUCAGGAGGAUGCAUGGCUCUCGCGUUGAAGAACAGGGGCGAUGGACACGUCACAUUUUACUGGCUGUCUGGAUUUGGGUGCUGGUGUCUCAUCCAGUGGCUGGUUAUUUCCUGGGAGACACCAAGGCGGUAUUAAAGGACUGUGUGGAUCACUGGACCCUCCAGAAUUGGGCAGCCUUUCCUGUACUUCAUAAGAUGACCGUCUGCGUUGACAUACGUUUGAUGGCCCCAGGACCUUGGGUGGCCUUCUCUUAUUUUUCUGUCCAUGCACUUUGGCCUGAUGUAGGCCUGGAAGGAGAUGAGAACAUACUGUAUAUUUGGCUGCUAAAACGCAGACACAAAGUUAAUUUCCAGCUGUCCCCAAAAUACUGGCACAGGAUCUGUCUGAGGAGGAACGUCCAGGGACAAUCCUUCAGCCUGGAGAUUGAUGGAAGAAUAGUGGCGGAGAAGAGGGUCAUCUCUCAGGCUGUCCCCCCAUCUGGUUCUUUGUGGUUAGGCUGUCGUCCCAGAGAUCCACUCCCAGGAACCACAGCUGGAGAAGUGGAACUGUACCUGUUCCGUAUUUGGGCUGACCUGCACCACCCUGAGCUCUGUGAGGAUGGCACUGUGAUUGGUUGGAGGUCAGAGUUUUGGGGCAUAACCAGCCCUCAUGCAAGGAAAAUUGAUACCAACCUGAAGUGUGACUUCAGAUGGUUGAGACAUCGUGUACGUGAUUACAGAAGCAUUAAAGGAAAUAAAUCUCAGGGUGGACUUGCAGAUCCUCACACUGUUUCAGUGUCCACUCGCAACACAACAACCAGCAACACAGCAGAGCCUCCAACGUUCUCAACAUCAACCGGUGAUCGCACUGACCAUUUUUCAUCCGACCCCCAGAGCGACUCAAGUCCAGAAAAUGAGACUCCACCCACAACAAUCAGCCAGCAUAUAUCUAACAGCACAAAUGAUGGGGCAUUAGUGAACAUCACAGUAACGCCAUUCAAGACCAAUCAUCAUACCGUGGUCAGCAGAACAUCAGAACCUCCACUGGUCUCACCAACAGCCAAUGACAGCACGGACCAUAUUUUACCUAACCGCCAAAGCACUCCAAUUCCAACAAAUGUGACUCCAAUCACAUCUGAGUCUGAGACCUCAUCAACAACAGUCAGCUGGCACACAGCCUUCAGCACAAAUGAUGGGAAAUUAGCUAACACCACAAUGAUGCCAUUCACGUCCACCGAUGGGACCACAUCCAACCCCCAAACUGGUCCAACCCCAAUAAGUGGGACUCUGCCUACCAUAGUGACCACGCCCCCAACAGUCAGCUGGCGCACAAAUUUCAGCAAAAAUGACGGGACAGUAUCUAACACUAUAAUAAGGCCAGUAAUGUCCACUCAUGACUUCACAUCCAACAACCCAUCGGAGCUUCCAAUGGUGACACUGUCAUCCAGUCACAGCACUGACUAUAUUCCACUGAAAAACACAACAGUGCAACGAUCUACAAUAGUCAGCCAGCACACAGCUUUCAGCAGAAAAGAUCAUACAUUAGCUAACACCACAGUGCUGCCAUUCACACCCACUCGUGACAUCCCAUCCAAUCCAUGGACCGACCCAACCCCAACAAAUGUGACUCCACCCACAACAGUCAGCCAUCAGACAUCUGUCACCAGAAAUGAUCGAACGUUAGCUAACACCACAAUGAUGCCAUUUACAUCCACUCAUAACACCACAUCCAAUAGCACAUCAAAGCUUCCAAUGGUGUCACCAACUGUGAAUUACAGCACUGCAUAUAUUCCAGCCAGCACCCAAAGCAAGCCAACCUCAUCAAAUGAGACAUCACCCACAACAGCCAGCCAGCACAUAAAUGAUGGGGCAUUAGGCAACACCCCAAAGCUGUUCACUUCCAUUCAUAACACCACAUCCAACAGCACAUCAGAGCCUCCGAUGGUGUCACCAACUGUGAAUUACAGCACUGCAUAUAUUCCAGCCAGCACCCAAAGCAAGCCAACCUCAUCAAAUGAGACAUCACCCACAACAGCCAGCCAGCACAUAAUGAUGGGGCAUUAA